UUAAAGCAUGACAAAGAAGAAGUUGAAACCGAGAAUAUAAAGUUAAAACAGGAUUUAUAUGAAUUUAAAAAAGAACUAGAGACUAAGAAAAAUCGUAAAUUUCAGGAAAAAUAUAUCCUAAUAGCUCAAGUAUUACUUGGGGAAAAGCCGAUAAUUGAGUAUCAUCCUUCCUACUUGAAUGGGUUGGAACUUGAUGCCUUCUUCCAAAAAUACCGAAUUGCAUUAGAAAUACAAGGGAAUCAGCAUCGGUUUCAUAGCACUAGCUGGUAUAAAGAUAUCAAAAAACUUGAGGAUGUUGUAAAUCAUGAUUGGUUAAAAAGAUACAUAUGUCAAGAUAAUAGAAUUUUUCUCCUUGAAGUAUGGUACAAUGAAAAGCCA